AUGAGAUGGCACGGGAAAGUGGCUAUAAAGAACGACAUCAACGCCUUCUACUUUGCCACAACAGUUCCCCUCAUUGCUUAUUUCCGAGAAGAUGGCCAGAUGGAGAAACGUGAGUUCCUGGAAGAAUGGAAGAGCAUUCCAGAGCAGAAUGAGCAACAAUUCACCCUUCAUAACACCCAUAACUUGAACGCAGAUGCGAUUUGCACCAAACUUCAACAGAAUAACAUUCAUACCGUAGCUCGCCGCCAAGUCGACAAUCAACAACUUCUUUAUCAUUCCGUUAAGUACACCAACAACCUGAAUGUACUGUCCGAGCUUAAAGUGAAUUCCCAAACAACUACGAUAACGCUGUCUCUGAAAUCGAAGAAUCUUAUGGCGAUUGCAAACAUGAAUGAAGUCUUCCAGACACUUCUCAACUGA